CAAGUGUUUUCAUUAAAAACAAUAUUUAAACAUGUUUUACUGGCAUUUAAUUUUUAUAAUCCUAUUAGCAGCAUUUCAAUUGCAAGUUGAAUAUGCAACAGCUCAUUAUGUUGCAAAUGCAACCGCUGUUUUAGCUGCAACUUCAACAACAUCAGCAGGAACUGUGCCAUCAGCACCAGCAUCAUCAGCAGCAGUGGCCACAAUCACAACGGCCAUUAGCUCAACAUCCAGUAGUUCAUCAUUAAAUAAUAUUUUAAGAAUUGGAGAUGGCAACAUAAUAACAAGGGAUGCCAUUGAACAAUCUCUGGUAACAAUUCAUGAUAUUGCCACUGAAAACUUGGGCACACUGUGCAUUUCAACAUUGUAUCGUCCUCUGCAAGUGCCCAUCAAUUCGGAGCGUUAUGAUAGUUCGAGACAAAAGGCUGAUUUAAUUGCCUAUUUGCAGGAAGUGGGCAUUAUAAGACAUGGAGGUUUAUCUGAUGCUUUAGCCAAAGGCUUACUAAGUGAUGAUUAUACUACGGGUGCCAGAAUUUUGGCACUUAAUAUAACCAAUGGCUCCAUACAGUCGUAUGUGUGGUGGAUUAAGAAAAAUCAUGAUAAAAAUGGUGAAUUGCAACGUUUCGAAGAAGAGGUUUUACAAAUUGGAAAGAAACCCUCACAAAUGUAUCCCUGGUUCGCUGACGAAAGCUCUUCACCCACAUUACGUUCACCGAAAUUUGCACCCAGCCCACCGAAUAUCUACUAUAAAGGCUGGUGGACAUUUCCAUAUUUUUCAUGUUCGCUCAGCAAAUGGAUAUUAUCGUAUAGCAUUGCAAUACCACCGAAUGGUCGUCAUGGCCUGCGCGGUUUCAUAAGUAUCGAUAUUGAUGUGACGGGUUUGCGUGUCAAUCAAUGCGAAGCACCGGUAGCGUAUCGAUUCAAUUAUCAGCAAAUACAAACGAGACGUUUACAUUUGGUCGAUACGCAAACGAGUGAAUAUAUAAAUGAUAUACAAGCGUUUCAUAAAUCGCACAAAUGUCAUCGUGAUACAAUGGUGUGUGAUUAUCGUUUGCCCACCUCCGAUUCACCGACAAUAACCACCAACAAACUUUUAGCUACACCCAACACUUGGUCACGUGGCGCCUAUCAAUGUUUAUGCAAACGUGGCUUUUAUUCCAUACGUCAUCCGGAUGGAUUUAAUGGCACUAUUAUGGAAAUAGCCUGGAAAGAACAUCAGGAUAAUAUUAGCAAUUAUUAUUCCGAUGUUUUUAUUUGUCUACAAUGUGCACCGGGUUGUGACAGUUGUACGGGACCGGAACCUUGUUUGGCUGACUACAAUUGGCCUUUUAGAAUAUCUCUUUUAACCAUUUCGGUUGGUUGUGCUUUUGGUUGCUGUAUUUUGGCUGGAUAUUUAUUCCAUCAUCGCCGUGUUAAAGUUUUCAAAGUGGCCAGUCCGAUAUUUUUGCUAAUAACUCUUAUUGGAUGUGCCAUUAUGUAUUUGGAGAUGGUGGCUAUAUUCCCCUUUUUGGAUACAACUUGGUGUAUUAUAACAAAAUGGACUCGACACAUGGGUUUCUGUAUUACCUAUACAUCAUUGUUAAUGAAAACUUGGAGGGUAUCACUAACGUAUCGUGUAA